AUGAUUGGUAACAUGAUAAAAUUGAAAGAUCUAUUAAUUUGCAUUAAAAAUGUGUACGGAAUGGAUAUAAGGUUAAGCAAGAACAAUGAUUUUGAUAUAGUUGAUUUUAGUACACAUACACAUGUCUCAAAUUUAAAGAAACUAUCAUUACUUGAAGAGAUUAAAAAGUAUAGAACAAAAUACCUACUUAAAGAUACUGUUAUGAAAAAGAUCAAGGCUAAAUUUGAUAAAAUUGGCUUCAUCUCUAAAUAUUCAAAAGAGAAUUACAAGCUCAACUUUUGUGCAUUUAUAAUUGAAGAGUUGCUUGGAUACUCUAUAGAAUUUAUCAGAUGUUGUACAUCAUCGAUCCUAUUUCAACUUUUUUCAUUUCCAAUUACAAAAGAGCAAGUUAAUGAAAAUAUAAUAAAUAUUCUUUCUGAUGCUAAAGAUUAUAUGGUUGAUUUAAAAAUCCAAAUGCUUAAAUCAGAAAGAAAUAAAAAUGUUCACAAAAUCUUAAGAGUGUUAAUUCCUAUUGAUACUGUCAUUAUCACUGAACAAAAAAAUGACUGGUGUUUCUGCGUAGUUCAGCCUUUUAGCUCAACUAUAGCCGAUUUUUGUAUAGAUUCUAAUGUUGUUGUUGUUGUUGAUGAUGAUGAUGAUAAUGAUGAAAGCCGUGGACUUUAUUGA